CGGAGCCCGGACCGGAAGCGGCCUCACAGUGGAGCUCUGCAGCCAGGCCCACUCUUGCUCUGCAGCGUCAGAAACAAGUAUGGCGGCCUCCAGUGUUUUCAGACCGGGCUUGUUCAACAACAAAGUCGCAAUAGUGACGGGAGGAGGCACCGGUAUCGGUAAAGCUAUUUCUGCUGAGCUGCUGGAGCUGGGCUGCAGUGUGGUGAUCUCCAGCAGAAAGGCUGAGAGGCUGGAAGUGGCAGCUCAGGAGAUGAGACAAAAAAUCCCUCCCUCCAGCCCUGCACGCGUCACUCCUAUAACGUGCAACAUCCGCAGCGAGGACGAGGUGAAGGCUCUCAUGUCCUCGGUGCUGAAGCAGUUUGGCCGGAUAGACUAUCUGGUGAACAAUGGCGGAGGUCAGUUCAGCAGCCCAGCAGAACACAUGUCCUCCAAAGGCUGGAAGGCGGUGAUAGACACGAACCUGACUGGAACCUUCCACUGCUGCAAGGAGGCCUACACUGCAUGGAUGAAACAGCACGGAGGUGUGAUUAUCAACAUCAUCGCCGACAUGUGGAAGGGAUUCCCAGGCAUGGCUCACACAGGAGCCGCGAGGGCAGCGGUGGACAAUCUAACCAAGACUCUGGCCAUCGAGUGGGCCCAAGCAGGAAUCAGAGUCAACGCUGUGGCACCUGGUACAAUCUUUUCUAAAACUGCAAUGGAGAACUACAAAGAGCUUGGACCAAGUCUUUUCAAGAUGUCUGUUCCACAUAGCCCUGCGAAGAGACUGGGAGUACCAGAAGAGAUCUCAUCAGCUGUGUGCUUCCUGCUCUCUCCCGCUGCCUCCUACAUCUCUGGAGCCACUCUGAGGGUUGAUGCAGGACAGAGUCUAUACCACUCCAUGUGGGAGAUACCCAACCAUAGUUCUUGGCCUGAAGCCCCAGAGGGCGAGAACCUGGAUGCUCUGAAAGACCUGCUCCACCCACAAAGCAAACUGUAAUGCAGUCUGACUAUAAUACAUUAAGGCACAAUUAGCCAAUAGGCAUCAUGGAUGUUUUUUGAUUAUUCCAGUUGUGUACAUAAUUGUUUUUGUAACAGCAACAUUAGUGCAUUAUUUCUUGGCUAAUUGUGGGUGACAUAAAAUAUGAAGCGCAAUUUUCUUUCUCAAAUCACUUUGUAAUUAAACAUACUGCUGUUUAAAACAAUUGCCAAAUUGUUGCAAAGCGCUUCGCAAAAAAACAACACAAGAGACACAAGCAAGAAUGUAAUAUUUGUAAAUAAUUCUGGAAAAUGGUGAAAGUCUUUGAAAAUGUCUUUGACACGCGGUUAUAAUGUAUACUGACACCAUCUUAGUGGAACAUGUUACCAAACACAUCUUUGUAUAAAAUCAUGACAUGUUAUGCUGUUUUUUCUUUGCAUUUUAAUUUGAAGGGGAUGAUACAGAUGUAAAAAAU